AUUAUGAAAAUCUACGAUGUGCUAUUUUAUCACUUUCACUCACAAUUUAAACCAAAUUCGAUGUAGUAAAUCAUGUAAUUUAUUAUUGUUCUUUCCAUGUUCAUGUAGUAAAUCAUGUAUGUACAUAUGUAUAUAGCCGAUAUCAUAGACCGAAUCUUCAAACAAAGACUCGCUAGAUCCUGUAUAUUACGCUCUCUAUUUGGCUCAUAAGAGUACUAGCCAAUGGGAAAGUUUCCUGCGAGGUUUGAUAUUUUACAAACAAGAUCUUGACUAUACAAAUAUUGCCAAAUUCUAAAGAGAAGCAAUUUUAUACUUAAAAAGUUGCAAAUAACUUAAAAUGUUGACUUACUCUACGUUCAAUAAAAAAUGUGACACUUGUAGUUAUAAUACAUAAUUUUCUUAUUCUCGUCGGCACAAAUGCCAUUCUCAGUCUCAUCCACAUUUAAUAAUGGUAGCAGCAAUAAUGGGUUGUUUAAAAAAAUGACAACCUUUCGUCAUAAGUCCUUCCUGUUUGGUGUGACAUUGGCGUCGAUAACAUGGGCAGCAAGUUUUUAUCUGUAUCUCACCUUAACGUCCAGUUCGCCUGACCGGAUACCACUCUCAAUAUCUGCAAGCACAAGCGUGGAUAAUAAUAUUAACGAUGAGGAUUUGCCUCCAUCAGAUAAGUUAUUGUUGUCUCAAUCGUCAUCAUCUUUACUAAGUUUCGACCGUCCUCAAAAUUACUUUCCUAAAAAUACGGUAUUUUUGAAUAAUGAAUUGUAUGACAAAGAAGAUCAUGAUGCUAAAGACGAUGAAAAUGUCAAUCAAAUAAAAGAAUUAUCAGUUCAAGGAAAGUGGAGAAAAAAGUUUCAGCAACUAAUUAACGAUAAAUCUACAAAAUAUAAAAAUAGUGAAAAACUUAUAAACAGUUUAAACUCCAAAGUAAAAAUUGACGCUGGGAAUGGAAAGUUGGAAGAUAUUGGUAAACUCGGCCUUAUUCAAACGUUAGUAGAUAAGAAGAUUCGGGAGGAAGGAUACAGAAAACACGCCUUUAAUGUUCUAGUCAGUGAAAGACUCGGUUUUCACCGAGAAAUCCCUGACACACGUCACCCGCAAUGCUCAUUCCAGAAUUAUCCGUCAUCCAGUCUUCCAGACGCCUCAGUUAUAAUUUGUUUUUACAACGAAGAAAUUAAUACCCUGUUAAGAACUGUUCACACAAUAUUGGACCGUUCGAAUCCGAGCCUACUUCAUGAAAUCAUCCUCGUUGAUGACUGCAGCGAAUUAGACAACAUUCAUGAGAAAGUUCUAAACUAUGCACAAAAACAUUUUCCUGCAAAAGUUAGCAUUAUCAAAACACCAAAACGCGAAGGACUAAUAAGGGCCAGAAUAUUUGGUUCUCGGCAUGCAAAUGGAGACGUCCUAAUUUUUCUUGAUUCUCAUGUCGAACCAGGUGUCAUGUGGAUGGAACCGUUAUUGACGAGAAUAUCAGAAAAUAACAAGACUUUGGUUGCACCAAUUGUCGACAUUAUUAACGCCGACACAUUUCAAUAUUCUUCAAGUCCACUUGUAAAAGGAGGAUUCAAUUGGGGCCUCCAUUUCCGAUGGGACAAUGUUCCAAAAGCGCAACUUAAAACAAAAGAAGACUUUAUAAAACCAAUAAUAUCACCCACCCACUCUGGUGGUCUAUUUGCAAUUAACAAGCAACACUUUGUGAAUCUCGGUGAAUAUGAUGAAGGAAUGGAUAUUUGGGGUGGAGAAAAUUUGGAGCUGUCUUUUCGAGCAUGGAUGUGUGGUAGUAGGCUAGAAAUCAUGCCAUGCUCCAGGGUCGGUCAUGUGUUUCGAAAAAGACGACCUUAUGGUGGUGGAACUAAUGGGGUCGACACAGUCUUGAAAAAUUCAGCAAGAGUUGCAGAGGUUUGGUUGGAUGAGUUCAAAGAAAAGUUUUACACGACAAAUCCGAGUGCUAGGAAUCUGGAUUAUGGAGAUAUUUCUGCAAGGGUUGAACUACGACAUCAAUUAAAAUGUAGAUCUUUCAAAUGGUAUCUGGACAAUGUGUAUCCAGACAUGAUGGAACAAGGAAAAUCAAAUGCAAAUGACAGUGCCAAAUUCAUUCCUUGGGACAAGAGACCACGAAAUUACAUAAAGAAAUUCUUACUAAGGUUGUCUAAGACGUUCUUUUGCGUGGAAAGUGAAGGAGAUGUGACAAAGAGAAAUGCUGGACUGGUAUUAGGCAAAUGCGGAAGCACAAAUAAGAAAAAACAACAAUGGUCAGAAACUGAUAAGCAUGAACUGGUACUUGCCGAGCUACUUUGUCUCGAUGCAUCCUCAGAUCUUCCAAAAGUCGCCAAGUGUCAUGAAUUGCGUGGGUCACAAGAAUGGAAAAAAUCUGGAGACAAAGCAACACCAAUUUUUAGUUUGGCUGCCGGACAGUGUCUUGGCGUUCAAGGGAAGCCAAUAAUGGGGGCUCAGCUACAAAUGGUGCUCUGCAAAGAAGAUUCUGACCAUAACAAAUUUGAUUUUAUUGAGAUUACCCAAGAAAAGUGAAAUAUACAUGUUCUCAAAUAUUUCACUACUUAUUUGUUAAAGUACUUGUAUAACAGGGUGCAUACAUUUCAUGUGAUAAAGAAUACUCAUGCCAUGACACAUUCACACGUGGAUCGUUUCAUUUCAUUGCAAUCCAUUUACACAAUUAUAUUAAUUAUUUGAAUAAAAUUACGAGAGGAAAAUAAAGGAAAUAAAUUAUCAUUCAGUAAUA